AUGGGCCGUCCUAGACUCAUAAUUAUCAUCCGGCAUGGCCAAUCGGAAGGCAAUAAAAACAGAGAAAUACAUCAGACAAUUCCCGACCAUAGGGUGAGGUUGACUGCCGAUGGCUGGACACAGGCUCGCGAAGCUGGUCGUCGACUGCGAACCAUGUUGCGCCCCGACGAUACCUUGCAAUUCUACACAUCACCCUAUCGACGAACCCGAGAGACAACCGAAGGCAUUCUAGAGACCCUGACCUCGGACGAUCCCGAUCCUUCGCCCUUCAAACGAGCUAGCAUGAAGAUAUACGAAGAACCGCGCCUGCGCGAACAGGACUUUGGAAACUUCCAGCCUUGCAGCGAUGAGAUGGAGCGUAUGUGGCAGGAACGCGCUGAUUAUGGCCAUUUCUUCUAUCGCAUCCCCAACGGCGAAAGUGCCGCAGACGCCUACGAUCGUGUUUCGGGUUUCAACGAGAGCUUAUGGCGUCAGUUUGGUGAAGACGAUUUCGCGAGUGUGCUUGUACUUGUAACCCAUGGUCUCAUGUCUCGCGUUUUCUUGAUGAAAUGGUAUCAUUUUUCUGUCGAAUACUUUGAAGACCUACGAAAUGUGAAUCACUGCGAGUUCCUGAUCAUGAAGCUCAAACGCGACAGUGGGAAGUAUAUUCUGCAGAACAAACUCCGAACUUGGUCCGAGCUGCGCCGUGAGCGUGCCGCUAUACGGGCGGCCAAGGAAAAGGAGACGGGUACCCAGGCUGGUUCCGAAGAUGCGGCGAAGUUAGACUCAACUCCAGUGGUACCACGAAAAUGGGGCGGUUGUCCCGAGGGAUGCUCCCACAGCAAGCAUUUUAAGAUACGUCGAGAUCUCCUGGAGCUGAGGCAGCAAGACGAGGCAAGCGCAAAUGCUGGUUUAUCCCAUAACGGGACAAAUGCUAAUGGCACUACCGUCGCUCGACGUAGAACGCUUGGGAGGCGACUACAAAACUCUGAUGAAGAUUCAGAUGACCCUCGGAGUUUACAACCUCCCUCUAUCGACGUGACGAAAGCCUCCGAGGAGAUCGUCUCCUCGCCAGACGGAACACCCUCGUUCAUCACGAUCGAAGACCGCCUUCGCCAUAACCUGAACACGCCUAAGAAGCCAUCAUUCCUUCAUGUCGGUCGUGAUUUCGGCGGCACCUAUUCAGGCCACGCUAGUGAAGAGGACCUGUCUGAGAGUGACGCCCGGGAAAGACUCGCCGCAAAAGCCGCGAGAGUGAAGAACGGCGAUAGGAAUGGCAUGACUCACAGCAGUAGCAGUAAGGAUCUUGCCGGCAGCAAGUAUGCUAGUCGCCACGCGCAUGCCAAUAAGCUUGGUGACGCGCCGAGCAACUCGGAUCAGGGCUCGGAUGAUGGGAGCUUGGAUACUGAGGAUCAACAGCUAGAAAAGCUUGAACAGGAGGAAAAGAGCGUGCGUGGGAGCGUCCUUUGA